UUCCAACUGCCCCGGAGGCUCGUGCUUGGGCCAAUACCCUGGAAGGCGCCCCCGGGGCAGAGCCCAGUUCCCAGCCCUUUACAUCGCUGGCUGCCCCAGUCCGACCUCCCUCCCAGAUCCGAGCUGCAGCUCGGCUUCUGGAAGGGAGGCGGGAAGCCGGCAUGGGGUCCGAGGGAGCCGUCGUCUCGCACCUGGGUGGCUCCCUCCUGCUGCUCGGCCUGGGCACGCUCCUGCUCUGCCCAAGCUGCCUGGCCCUGGCCUUCGGCUACCGCCCGGGGAAGAGCUUCUCCUCCUACGAAGUGAUUAUCCCCAAGUUGCUGGCUCCUCGCAAGGGGGAUCCCGAGGUAGCUGGCCGGGCAUCUUACCUCCUGCAGGUGGAGGGCAGGAAGCAGGUGGUCCACCUUCGGCCCAAGAAGCUCCUGCUGUCCAGACAUCUGCGUGUCUUCUACUUCUCUGGGCAGGGAGCCUUCUUGGAGGACCAGCCUUACAUCGCCGAUGACUGCAGCUACGGAGGAUUCGUGGAGGGCUCCCCAGACUCCCUGGCUACCUUAAACACCUGCUUUGGGGGCCUUCGGGGGAUACUGAACAUGAAUGGAAGCCUUUACCAAAUGGAACCCCUGAGGACCUCCACCAAAUUUGAACACAUCAUAUAUCGCCUGCGGAAGGACGUUCGAGCUGAUCGCGCUUGUCAGUCAAUUGAUGAAGAAACAAGUCCUCUUUUGGAAAAUGACCAGAACCUAGAGAUCUCGGCUAGGUUUAACUGGAAUUAUCUACACCUUAAGUAUAUAGAGUCCUUUCUUGUGAUAUCUAAUGGGAGGUAUCAGCUUUUGGGCUCCAACAUGACAGCUUGCAUUAAUGAGGGCCUAACUUUGACAGCUCUGGCAGACACCCUUUUUCAAGGACUCCAUUGUCGAGUUCAUCUGGAGGGAAUUGAGGUUUGGUCCGAUCAAGACAAAAUAGACAUAAAAAACUCCAAAGAAGAUAAAAUUUAUGCAAACUUUAUGAAAUAUAAAGAGGAACAGCUAGACCACCGUGCCCAGUCAGAUUGGGCACAUUUAAUUGUAAGUAAAGAGAUCGCCACAAGAGCCAAGAUAGGAGGUAUCUGUGAAAAAGGAAAUAGCGCAUCUGUGAGCAGCCUUUCUCAAGAGAACCUCAGCGGCUCUAAUGAGUUUCUUCAUGCAUUGGGCCACAUUGUGGGGAUGAAAGACGAUGUGAGUGGAUGUGAAUGUCAGGGACCUGAUAGAUGCUUAAUGGAUCCAAACCCUGGCAAUGGUGGUUUUAGUGACUGCAGUUACUCGGAUUAUUUUGACAAGAUAGUCAUUUAUGCAAAGUGCUUGUCUAAUAUACCAACAUUAAAAAAAAAAGUCUCUGUAUGUGGUGACAGGGUGGUGGAAGGGAGCGAACAGUGUGACUGUGGCACACCAAAGGACUGUGAGCAAGAUAAGUGUUGUCAGCCAACGUGUAAAUUAAAAGGCAGAGCAAAGUGUGGUUCUGGUCCUUGCUGCUAUAACUGCAGAUUUCGAAAAGCAGGAAAAAUGUGCAGGGCCAAAAAUAGUGAGUGUGACCUCGAGGAGUUCUGCAAUGGCACCUCUGAACACUGCCCUUACAACACCUACAUUCAAGACGGUACCCCCUGCUCUGGCCAUGGCUAUUGUUUCAAAGGGCUUUGCAGUUCUCGAAAUCAUCAAUGCAGGAGCCUUUUUGGACGCUCUUCAAGAUCAGGACCCCUUGCCUGCUAUGAAGAAGCCAAUCAAGGGGACCGUUUUGGCAACUGUGGAAUUAUGACCGGUGCUUAUUCCAAGUGUGAACCCGAUAACGUGCUAUGUGGAAGACUACAGUGUGUCAAUGUCAAGAGUAUUCCUGUCAUGGAUGAUCACUAUACAAUAGUUAUGAAUUUUGUCAGCCAGGACAACAUUACUUGCUGGGGGACAGACUAUCAUCUUCCGAUGACUACAAUGAAACUGCCAGAUAUUGGAGAAGUAAGAGAAGGCACCGCCUGUGGAGAGGGAUUUUUAUGCAUUAAUAAGACUUGUGCAAACUUGAAUGUUCUUAAAUUUGACUGUACAGUGGACACGUGUAACAAGAGAGGAAUCUGUAACAAUAAUAGAAAUUGCCACUGUGACUAUGGAUGGGCUCCUCCAUUCUGUAAGAAGUAUGGAUUUGGAGGAAGCAUUGACAGUGGCCCUCCCCCUAAAUGGGAAAGGACUCCCUGGCGAAAUAUCAUUCCUGUGACCCUUUUGCUCUUCCGGUGCUUUGCUUUAGGUGGAGCAGGGUUUCUGUCUGCAGUAAGUAAAGUUGCACUUGUCCUGAACCGCUUCAAAUUUUUAGAAAAAUGAAGCAGGCCAGGCAAGGGGAGAAAAAAAACAUCACCAACCCAAGAAAAACUAUUGUUGCUGUAUAAGAAAGCAGGUUCAUCUAUGUUAUGACUUGGAAGACUCUGGAAUCUUCCCCUGAAACAGUAGUUCAUAAAAACCAUUAACUUCAUGAAUGUCAUGCAAAGCUAAGUUUUCUUAGCUUAUGUAUUUUAUCAGAAAAUAAAGAUCUUUUGUUCUAAAAAAAA